AUGGUCAACUCCUGUUGUGGCUCUGUGUGCUCUGACCAGGGCUGUGGCCUAGAGAACUGCUGCCGCCCCAGCUGCUGCCAGACCACCUGCUGCAGGACCACCUGCUGCCGCCCCAGCUGCUGUGUGUCCAGCUGCUGCAGACCCCAGUGCUGCCAGACCACCUGCUGCAGGACCACCUGCUGCCGCCCCAGCUGCUGUGUGUCCAGCUGCUGCAGACCCCAGUGCUGCCAGACCACCUGCUGCAGGACAACCUGCUGCCGCCCCAGCUGCUGUGUGUCCAGCUGCUGCAGACCCCAGUGCUGCCAGUCUGUGUGCUGCCGGCCCACCUGCUGCAGACCCCAGUGCUGCCAGACCACCUGCUGCAGGACAACCUGCUGCCGCCCCAGCUGCUGUGUGUCCAGCUGCUGCAGACCCCAGUGUUGCCAGUCUGUGUGCUGCCAGCCCACAUGUUGCAGACCACAGUGCUGCCAGACUACGUGCUAUAGGACCACCUGCUGCCGCCCCAGCUGCUGCAGGCCCCAGUGCUGCCAGUCUGUGUGCUGCCAGCCCACCUGCUGCCACCCCAGCUACUGUGUGUCCAGCUGCUGCAGACCCCAGUGCUGCCAGACCACCUGCUGCAGGACCACCUGCUGCAGGACCACCUGCAGCCGCCCCAGCUGCUGUGUGUCCAGCUGUUACUGGCCCCACUGCUACCAGUCUUCCAGCAGUAUCUCUAGCAGCAGUAGCUCCUCCUGCUGUGACUUCAGCUGCCGCAGGCCCUCCUGCUGCAUCUCCAGUUGCUGCCACCCCAGCUGCUACCAGACCACCUGCUGCAGAACCCAGUGUUUCAACCCAACUGCUGUGUGUCCAGUUGCUGUCGCCCCAACUGCUGCCAGACAACGUGCUGCCGCCCAACCUGCUCUAGUGCUUCUUGCUGCCAAGGCUGUCAUCUGGACUCACCCGAUUCUCAUCAACCAGCAUUCUUGA